AUGGAAGAAGAACCAAAUGAGAUAGAUCGGUUCGACUUAGAAGAAUCUACAGCUUCGGAAAAUGAAGAAUCAAGAAAAAUAAAAAUAAAAAAACGUAAUAGGAAUUCCAGACCGUCUCAAAAAAAGAAGAAAAAUCGUAAUUCAAAACCAUCAAAGAAAAAUAAGAAGAAUCGAAAUUCAAAACCAUCACAAAAAAAUAAAAAGAAUCAAUAUACUAAAGCAUCAGCUCAAAUACGUAAUACAACUCAACUUGAAACAUUUGAAGAAACAAAUAUUGUAUUCCCGUCAGAAUCAAACUGGUCUAUUUUUCAUCCGCCGAUAGAAGAAAAUUUUGAAAGUACACAUAUACAUGAUGUUUUAAAAGAAAGAAAUAAAUUACAAAUUUCAAUAAUACCAGAAGAUUUGAUAUUAGGUUUCAUGGAACAGCGAGCAAUUACAUUAACACAUGUUUAUAUGAGUAUUAUUAUUAUUCGUGGCCAUCAAGCAGCUCUCAAAGGCCAGGUCGUUCAUUUUCAUGUUGAUACAGAUGUAACAGUUGAAAAUUUAUUAUCAUUUCCACGAUGUUACGAAUUUUUAGCAGUUGUACAAGAGAAACCAAUAAAAAAUAACCAGGUUACUACAACUGUUACUUAUUCAUUUAGUCCAGUACAUGUAUCAAAAGCUUUGAAUUAUUUGAAGCAACAUAAUCAUUUAUAUAAAAAUAAAAAUAUAAUGAAUUUACAUGAAAUUCAAGAAAUGUUUAAAUGUCAACCUGAAAAUAUUAUACCAAUUCGAAUCAUUGAUAGUUACGCCUAUAAUAAUUCUACAACAAAUUCACCAAUUAUUGAACCAUCAGAAAUCUUAUCUGGUCCUAAACGAGUAAUUCCGUGUGCUGAAAAUCCAACGUGGCAAAUAGAACUUAAUUCAGAAGAAAAAUGUUAUCCAUGGUUAUAUCCACUUGGACAAAGUGGUGAAGCAGAUCCUGAAAGACCAAUUGCUAUCAAUCUAAGAUAUUAUUAUAAAUUACGAUUAAAAAGUAAUGAUAAUCGGUGGCAAAAAAGAUCCAACAUGGGUAUUUCGAGCUUUGAACAUGUUACAAAGAGAAGAUUUACGUAAAUCAGUCAAUUAUCAUGCUAAAAGAAAAUAUCGAGAUGGGAAAAUGUGUUAUUUAAUUUAUCCAGGUAAUUUGGAUUAAUCAAGUGUAAACGUAAAUUCUGUGAAUUUAAAUCUAAAAUGAGAUGUAGAUGUUAUAAUUGAUUUUAUUUCUACAAGUAUUUCGUUCACAUACUAUAUUUGCAACAUACAUUGAUGAGAUGUGUGUUAGACAACAAUAGAUUAUUUUUAAAAAAGUAUAUUUUAAUUCCUAAUAAGUGCGUUAAAAUUUUUUAGUCUUUGACCAUAUAAUAAUAUAUGUCUUAAUGUUACAACAGUAUAUUAUUGUGACAAUGUCUAACUAGGUAUUAUUGUAUAUGUGACAGUAUGAAAUUCAGUGCUAACGAAUUGUGUUCCGUAAUGUGGUGUACUGUAAUAAUUACUUGCCAUACAUCAUGAUAUAUGAGAGGUAGUUAAUGAAUGAAAUGGUUUUGUUUUUAUAGCUAACAAUUCACUUAGAUCUAUUUUACAAUAGCAAAUAAAUAUAUAAGAUUGAUAAUUAAAAAUAUAAAGCCUCAUUAUAAUAUUUGUGUGUAUUAGAUAUAGAUGUGGUUAUUCGUGGUUCAGCUGCAUAUUGGGCGAAAGCUCGGCGUC